UUUAAUUUAUGUAUUAAUAUAAUUUAGUCUGUGUUUGAUAUGAUAAACAAACGUUUAAUGCAAUUUGCUCUGUGCUUGUCAUUGCUGAGUUUGCUAAGUGCACAUGAUGUGAAGAUGUCAGCAGGGACCCACGCGCAAAACGCCAACUUCUGCCACAGGACGAGUUUCACUGGACUAGGACACACGCGCCUAAGCUUCCUCCGAAAUAUGGUCGGGACUCAUACAUUGAUGUUAUAUGUGAGCGAAUGGUCAGGGAAGCAGCUUGUAAAAUGCUCAAUUAACGACGACCCUGUAGCCACUGCCAGUUACCUGUAUCUUUGCCGCCAAACGCGCUCGGAGAGCCUCGUGGAAUUAUCCCUCUUCAAUAUCAGGGCGUUGUUGAGUCCAGACAACCUGUGCACACUGAGUCCUGUCGAUGGAUUUAUCAAACAGACGAAAAAUGUCCCAUUGGAACAACAACAUAUUUCGGGUGCAAAAUCCCGUAGGAAACGCGCGUGGGUAUUUCCUGGGACACUUUGGUGUGGCACUGGAAGCAAAGCGAUUGACUACAAACAGUUAGGAAUGUUUGAGCGAGCAGACAGGUGCUGCCGUGAGCAUGACCACUGCAGUAACACUAUCCCCUCCUUCACAGUGAACUAUGGUGUUUUCAAUCCGAACUUCUUCACCAUCUCACACUGUGACUGUGACCAAAGGUUUCGCCAGUGCCUCCAGCGUGUAAAUGAUACCAUUUCCAAUAUGGUUGGCUUCAGCUUCUUCAACCUCCUCAAGAUGCCCUGCUUCGAGUUCACUCCCAGGAGUCAAUGCACUGAGCUUAACUGGUGGGGAAUGUGCAAGGUGGCCAAGGUGGCCCCGUAUGCAGUCUUCAAAAAUCCCAAAGAUUACACCAUCAACCGCACGACAAGCAAACAUGGUGGCAGCAGUGACCCCCAAACCUCAGCAGGCACCGGGGAAAACCUGGUUACAGUGAGACCCAUGUCUAGCCCAACAUGGUUAAUCCCCAAAGGGAACCGCUCCAAGCAAUUUGCCCCCUCACGGGACUGUGUUCCAAGAGGUCCUCCCAGAGGAGACACCUUCCAGAUCAAGUACAGGAAAGGGAAAGGAUGCAGCAGGGGCAAGAAAACAUUCACAACUCAAACAACCACAAGUCAAACACAGACCAGCACGCCCUUAAUACAGACAACUGCAUCCCUGAUACCGAGGAGUGCAUCACAAAAACAGAAAACCACACCCACAACUCAGAGAACUGCUUUGAAAAUUAUUACAACAACAUCUCAGGUAAAAAUGAAAAAAACUGCUACACAAAAGACUGGAUCAAGAACUGAAAAAACAAUCUCACAUCAAAAUCAAGCUACACCAAAGAAAAAAACACGGUCACGACAGAGGACAACAUCCACAACAAUGCAGAGGACUACAUCAACACCAACGCCUUCACCCCAUCCACAGACAACAACUUUAACAACCACAACUCUUAUACCCAAAAGUCCCAAACUACCAAAGGUUCUUAGGAAACUUCACCGUUGUGGACCUCCAAGAGGAGAUACCUUUCAGCCUCGCCGCUGGAGGGGGGAACGAGGCAAAGCCUGUUUGGAACAGAUAACUAAAACACCAACGACCAUAUCCUCGGCAAACAAGACUGCAUCACCAACCCAGAGGAGAAUAUUUCAAACUCAGAGAACAAUGUCUUCAAAUAAAAGGACAACAUCUGCAACUGUGAUGACUUCAUCUACCCUUUGGAAGAACACAAUUACUAAGAGGACCGCCUCCUCAAAGCUAAGGACCACACCUCUAAUACAAACCCCAACUGAGAGUGCACCAUCUAUGACAACAGAUAAUAUGCUUCUUUGUGGCACCCUCAAGCAUUUGGAUGAAUGUAAAUACAAAAUUCCCCCUUUAGAGAAGAGAUAUGAUCUCCACAACAUGGGAUCAAAGACUGUGUACCAUUGUGAUUGCACCCACAGGCUGGCUGAUCAGAUCAGACACUUGGAGAAGACCACAAUUCUCCAAUCCCUCCUGCAGGACUUUGUAUCUCUAUCCUGCUUCAACGUGCCAAGUGUGAAAGACUGUCAUGGAGGGAAAAGCUGUACUGCUGGAUUUUCCCAAGCCACUGACCUAAUUCAAGUCCUUAAAAGCAUGGAGGAAAGAGGAAGACUUAAUGCUCAGAGCACAAGUAAAGACUCAAAAAGAGGGACUCCUAUUCGCCUCUACAAGCGAUGUCUGAGGAUCAUUGAGUCCAAGAAGCCUUGACUGAUGAUUCCCAAACAUCAGCACCCUUAAGUACCAGUUACUAGAAUGGGAAUGCAAUGCAUCUGUCCAACAUCACCCUCUAUAGUGUUUUUAAGAUUUUUAAGCCUUAAGAUGAUAAAUGUGGCAGAAUAACUUGAUUUGCUGCUGUUCGGUAAAGGAGGGAAUUCCAAAUACCUUCCAACUUUCCCCCAAAUCUUUGACCUCAACUGUAAGUAAUGAUCCACAACUAGAGUUGUACAGAAUUCUCCUGCUGAGGGUACUAUGAUCCCUGACAACAAUUUAGUAUAUUUAUAUUGAUUCUUUGUACUUCUAGAUUAAAACCCUUGAAUAUGA